GAUCUGAGACGGACUACACCCAGCCGCUGCAUCACUACCCUGGCUUUCUUUGCUGCCCUAGCCUUGGCGUUGGUCAACGUCGAAGUGUGGGUUUAGAUUGGAGACUCUAAAUUCGUCUGUAGGUCUUCUUCCGAUUUAGGUGUGUCCUGUUCGGCAACCAUACGUCCGAAGCUUUUAGGGAUUUUUUUUAUAUAUAGCAUCAAUUUCUUGAAUAUGUCUUGGCAAAGCUACGUGGAGAACCUGAUGGCCGAUGGCAGCUGUCAGGAUAGCGCCAUUGUUGGAUAUACGGACGCCAAAUAUGUUUGGGCAGCACAUGCCGGUGGUACAUUCAACAAUAUCACGUCUCAAGAAAUAGAUACCCUUAUCGGCAAGGACAGGGAGAGCUUUUACACCAGCGGUCUCACUCUGGGCUCAAAGAAGUGUUCAGUCCUCAGAGAUAGCAUCCAUGAUGACGGGGAUUGGACAAUGGACAUCAGGACAAAGAGCGGAGGAGGAGAACCUACAUACAAUGUCUCUUUGGGAAGAGCUGGAAAAGUUUUGGUUCUUGUAAUGGGCAAAGAAGGGGUCCAUGGAGGCGGAUUGAAUAAGAAGGCUUUCUCGAUGGCAAAAUACUUGAGGGAAUCAGGGUUUUAAUGUUUUCAAGCUCACGUAGAUGAAAUUGAGAGACAAAAAGAAGAGAAAAGAAAUAUUGCUGUUAAGAUUUCUCCUGCAAGCAGUCAAAUGUCUUGGAAACUUUUAAUAGCAAUGAAGAGUGGUAAGAUACUGUGUCACCUUUGUUUCCCCCUUCGUCCUGUAGGGGGGAGAAGUUGUUCAUUUCUCUUUUUUUCCCUUGUGUGCUCCUGUAUUGGUUUUAGUCAUGGGGAAAGGAGGCGGCCCAUGGUGGAAAUCUUAACAACAAAGCACAUACAAUGGCUGACUACCCGAGGAGGUCUGGAUAUUAAGCAACCUCUCCACCCAUCCAUCAACUUAGCAGCUCACUCCCACCCACCGCAUUGUGUUGGCACUACUUCCAGGAUAAGAUGGCAUACAAUGUUACUUCCCCAUCCCAGUCUACUUUUAUAUACAGCCUUUUGUUUGCUUAACUCCUUCCAUACUCCUUUUUUUUGCUUUUUAUUUUAUUUACUAAGCUUCCCCACUUAAACAUUGUACUUCUCAUGUUUUUGCCACUGCAUUAAUGGCAUGUUCAUUGAAAUGUUUAUUAACCAAAAGUGUGCAAAAAAUGAUUGCAAAAGUGUAAAAUAAACUUUACUCUCACUUUGUAUAACUUUUAUUUAGCAACUGGCUAAUAUUCCAAGGGGAAGUACACAUGUAAUAGUGGUGAUAGUUUGCAAAGUUUUGCUUUUUGAGCAUUACUAAAAAGAUGCCAGUGUCUUUUUUCUUUUUUUUUUUUCAUCAGCAUGUGGGAAUUUAAAAGUUGCAUGCAUACCCUCUUAGCAAACAGACCCCCAGGCGUAUCCCCGUCUCUAUCCCUGCGUAAUAUUCCAGCCAAAACCAUCUUCUCUUCUGCCUCCAUCGUCAAGUCUCCGAGCCUCUAUUAAAUACAUGACAAUUUCCUCUGACAAAGUCCUGUAUGUGUGUACCAGUUGGCCACCCUCAAGCACAAUGUCUUUUACCCUCCAUCACAUGCUUUCGCUAUUGUACCUGAAUGUGGUCUUAAAAGUUAAUGAUGUGGUGUUGGGCUGUUGUUUUUGAGUGUAGUGCAAGGUCAGCAUUGCUGAGGUCUCAAGAUAUUGUCUUGAUACUUCACCACAUCCUGGAGUCUCAGUGGACGUUCCACCUAUGUGACAGCUCGGUCAUUUGUCAGUCAGCUUCUGCUAUUUGUAAAUUUUUCUGUAAAUCACUACACACCUGUUAUUUUCCCCUCCUCCCCUUUGGACCAAUUGUCAGUAUAAAAGGAUUAUCAGAAUUACUUGAGCUUAUUCUGAUGGAUGAUUGUUGGCAUUACCUGUUGACUGUAAACCAUUAAGACAACUUCAAAUGACUGUAAAACAUUGAACUGCUUCCUUAGACUUGAACACUACUUAAACCCUUCAUCACUAAUUGACUUGUUGCUAACUUUAUGUCCAUUAACCAAUGAAACAGCAAUGUCAUUUGACUACAGUGUGAAUGCAUUUUGACUGUAAACCGAGGCUGUUGGGCUCCAACACUUUGGAAUUUUUUGCCUUGUGCUUUAGUCAUCAAAGGUGUAUUCACAAAUUGUCAUAGUACGGUACUUAGAAGUAUAUUUAAAAGAUAAAAUUAAUGAUGCUGUGUACACUAAACAUAUUGAAAAUGGUGUUGGUUGGAAUAAGAACAUUUGUAAGUUGUCUUGUGAAAUUUUUCUGAGAAUAACUGUAUUCUGUGCCAUAAAAAUCGAUCUGAUCUGUUGCUACUACGAGUUGGAUUUUUAACUGCUGUCCCAGCAAGAAGUAACUUUUAAUGGCACUUUCCUACGGGAUAUUUUGGCAUCAGUAAUCUCCAGACUUUGUGGAAUAUGUACAGAAUUAAACAGAAAAAAAAAAGUUUGCAAUAUUUUGUCUUUUGUUUUUUAGUUGGAAAUUCCUUCUGCCACAAAAUCAAUUUCAAAUGCCAUGAAUUGAUGACACAUCUUGUUUACAGACGGAUCAAAUAAAAGUUCUUCCAACCAGA